GGAUCCCAGGACUAGGGAGCGAGAACAGCGGCGUCGCUCGUAGUCGGUGCACAACCUGCAACCCGGCGCCUUCGAACAUCGGUUGGCACCGUUUAAGCGCCGCGAGGCUAGACGACGAGGCCUGAUAGCGCGGAAUCACGACGCCGACGAGAACGACGAAAACGACGACAGCAACAACAACAACAACGACGACGACGACCAAGACGACGAAGACGAAGACAAGAACGACGAGAGCGAGAAGGCGGAAGAAGAGACUCCCCUCCACGAUUUUUCACUGGGUUAUAAAAAAUCUUCAUAUUCUCGAAUCGCAUCCACCGCCACCACCGCCACCGUCGUCGACGCAUUUUUACCGACGACGAAGACGAAGACGAAGACGACGAUGACUAUGACGUGAUACGCGUAGGCGUACGAACAAGUGAUACCGGGACGAUUGAUCAUCCUUGACGUGUCCUACGGAAAUUUUUAUAAAAUAUCGGCGCUAAUUUCGCAAGAAUUAUAUUUAAUCACAAACUGCCUUCCGCUUCGAAUCAAUUCCGCGGCAAAGUGUUACAACGCGUACGAAUUGACGAAUUAACGAAUAAACAAGUAAACGAUCAAUGAUAAGCUCGAUGAAUUUUCACGAAAAACAUUGCACGCUGUAGUGUUAAUAUUUAAUCGAACAUGGUUACGCUAUGCGGUAUAUCAUACGUCGGUUUAAUUUUCAGUGACGAAAUACGUCACCCUCGUUAAAAUUAAAUACAUGGACAUUUGCAGAGAUACACGGAUAACAGACAAUAUUAACGUAACGGUAUAAAGGUAACGAGUGCACGUAUACAAUACACAUAUAUUCACGCGUGCAAUUACACGCGUCUAACACAUAUUAUUAUAUGCGGUAUACACGUAUGAACAUAAAUAUACGCAACAACUGUAAGUGUAAAAAAGUAUUCCACGAUCUGUGAAUAAAUAUUGGCACCUGCCAAUUACAUCAAGUGCUCAACUGUGAUAUUUCAAGUGAUAUAAAUAAUAGUGAAUGUUUUUUACCUCGCAGGCCUCGUCUCUUUAACGAUACUAAAUGUCCACAAGUUGGUUGAACGUUGUCCUGGCUUUAGCGCUGGCUGUGGCAUUGGCUCUACCGCAUUUCUCUAGCGCCCAGUCGGACAUCUUUCAAUUCGGUGCGGAAAAACGAAAAACACUAGGCACCAAGAAGUACUGCGGUAAAAACCUGGCCGACGCUCUUCAAGCCAUAUGCGACGGGGUUUACUUUCAGAUGUUUAAGAAAGGUGGGCAAGAAAUGGAGAUGGACGACUACAACUACGGGUACGACGACAGCUACCCGUUCAGAACGAGGGCGAGUGCCAAUGCCAUGAUGGGACGUUUCGCCGGUGGACGAUUCAAACGACAACCUCGCGGUGUCCACGACGAGUGCUGCGCAAAGCCCUGCACCGUCGGCGAGCUGUCGAGCUACUGCGGCCGUUAGAAGUUUAACAACACGCCGAAGCAUACUUGCAAGUCGGACGACACAUGGCUCGCGCACACUGUACACAAUCGCAUACAUAUUACACGUUUAUAUUACAACACACACGCACACGCACACACAGACACCACAAGGCGAAACGCGGCCACCCCUGUUGAGAUAAUUGAAUUAAGGAAAUAACAAUAAUAUUAUUACUAAUUAUGAUAGUGAUAAUGAUGAUAAUAAAGUCUCUGUCGCUUUUACAUACUCACUGUACUUGGAACGCGAUGUGUAUACUUCAUAACCACGCCUCUUGUUAUUAUACCCUCGUCGCAACGCGUCGAUGAAAUUGAAAUCGAAGUCAACGACUCGAGAAAAAAAAUAAAUAAAUAAACAAAUAA